GUGACGUCAACCUACAUGAGCGGAUUCUUCGCCGCUGCUGCGCAUCAUAACCAGACUCUGACCGAAAUCAAAGGAGCUUUCAGGCUCUAGUUUUAAUCGUUUACUGCUUAGAGAGAACAGUAAUUAAUCGAUUUAUUCUUGAGGGAGUCAAAGUAACAGCGUUUUAGUUCAUUUCGCGGCCUUAAAGUAUUUCAAGUAAUCGAGGACUCAACAGCUUUAAUUUAAACUGGUAACGUUACUGAUUACUUUGACGCAUGACGCCAACGCCCCCAAAAACCUAAACAACCUAAUUUUAAUUCAUUUUACAUUAUUUUUAUUUUUUUUUGCAUUAGUUGAAUGGUUUAAGGAAUUAACGAGAAUGGACGAGAAGGUAUUCACGAAAGAGCUGGACCAAUGGAUCGAGCAGCUGAACGAGUGCAAGCAACUAUCGGAAAACCAAGUGAAAAUCUUAUGUGAGAAGGCUAAAGAAAUUUUAUCCAAAGAGUCGAACGUUCAGGAGGUGCGUUGCCCGGUGACAGUAUGUGGAGAUGUACAUGGCCAAUUUCAUGAUCUAAUGGAACUGUUUAAGAUCGGGGGCAAAUCACCAGAUACCAAUUACCUAUUCAUGGGGGACUAUGUGGAUAGAGGUUACUAUUCAGUAGAAACAGUCACACUUUUGGUGUCUUUAAAGGUUCGAUAUCGAGAGCGAAUCACCAUCCUUCGUGGAAAUCAUGAAAGUAGACAGAUCACACAAGUUUAUGGCUUUUAUGACGAGUGCCUGAGAAAAUACGGAAACGCUAAUGUUUGGAAAUAUUUCACAGACCUCUUUGACUACCUUCCUCUUACAGCCCUUGUAGACACACAGAUUUUCUGUCUCCAUGGAGGAUUGUCGCCUUCAAUUGACACGCUGGAUCACAUCCGUGCAUUGGACCGUAUCCAAGAAGUUCCCCAUGAGGGUCCCAUGUGUGAUUUGCUGUGGUCAGAUCCGGAUGACCGUGGAGGUUGGGGGAUUUCCCCCAGGGGGGCUGGGUACACGUUUGGCCAGGACAUCUCAGAAACAUUUAACCAUGCCAACUGCUUGACUCUGGUCUCACGAGCUCACCAGUUAGUGAUGGAGGGUUAUAACUGGUGUCAUGAACGUAAUGUUGUAACAAUCUUCAGUGCACCUAAUUAUUGCUACCGAUGUGGUAACCAGGCUGCGAUCAUGGAACUUGAUGACACGCUCAAGUACUCCUUUUUACAGUUUGACCCUGCACCACGCAGAGGAGAGCCUCACGUCACUCGCCGCACUCCAGAUUAUUUCCUGUAAGAUGGGAAGGUGUGUUUUUUUUUUUUUUAUUACAGUAUUGCAGCACUAUCUGACCCAUGGACAGUGAUCAUUCAUUGAAGACAUCAGCUUCAGAUUUUCCAACACAAACCCCUGUCCUUGGACACAAACGUGCCAUAUCUAUACUGCAAUAAGAUAGAAGAAGUCAUCUCAACAAACACACAAAUGUAACCGUGCUCUCUCAUCUGCAUCGUACUUUACUCUCUUCUGAACUAAAAAGCUGUUUUGUUUUUGAUCAGGAACUGAGGGUUACUUCGGACUAAUGGGUUUAUGUACAUUCUUCAGAAACGCUGUGUUUUGAAAUAACAUUUUGAAUAUACACACUAAAUGCUUAUGACUGGAUUAUGUAGAAUUCGUGAUGAACUUAAAAUAGUACUGUGUAUUAUAGCUGCAUUCUCAUGCUGCAUGGCCUCGGUACACAAUAUUGAGCCGUCAUCUGUCAAAUUUCCGACAGCUGUUUUAAUGAUUGCCUAUUGCAGUGUUUGUUGCAGGUGGGUAUGAGACACUUUAGUUUUAGUCCCUUCUCAAUGUCUUUUAAGCACUUUUUUCAAUGCAUUAUUUUGUUAUUGUUCUUAGUUUACAGAGCAGUGGUUUUGUUUGUUUUUGCUUUUGUAUGUUACUGUAUUAUUUCACAAUAAUUUGUAAAUCAGAGCACAAUUAAAUAGGGAUUUGAACGGCAAUAAAGACUCACGCUAUUUAUCUA